CAGCAGCAGUGGUGGUGGUGGUGCUCGUCCAAUGCAAAAGUGCUAAGGAAAGCUGCAGCCUACACACACUGCGAGUCUCCUGCUGCUGCUGCUGCCUCACUUACUCACAUCACCACCGAGGGAGACAUUACUAUCAGCAAAGGGGCAGCGGGAGGCACAGUUACCCGUCAACGAUGUAAAUCUCACACAGGUUCAUCAUGAAAGCAUCAUCUAUCAGUUGAAAAAGUGAACUGCAGCUCUCUAACAGGCAGAACUGAGUGGAAACCCUGUGAUAAGCGCGAUACAUCGCUUGGCUCUCCAUCACCCAGCAUCAUGGCUAAUGCUGAGGAGGUGGGGCCAGCAGGUCUGUCAGACUUGGAGAUCAUCUCCCAGCCGGUGGAGGAUGAGAACCAGUGCUUGGCUCCUCCAGUCCAGCUGGUGAGUUUUGGCUACAGAGAUCUGCCCCUUGCUGCUCUGGACCUCUCGCUGGCUGGUUCACAGCUCCUCUCCAAUGCAGAUGAAGACGAAAACAGAGAUGGGUCUAACUGGCUGAAGCCGUGCUGUGGUCGCCGCGUGGCCCUGUGGCAGGUCUGUCUGCUCAGCGCUGGCUUCAACUGUGUCCUGGUGGCUUGCGUCAUCCUGGUGGUGCUUUUCCUGUCUUUGGAGCUGCUCAUAGACACCAAACUCCUACAAUUUUCCAAUGCUUUUCAAUUUGCCAGCAUUAUCCACUGGAUUAGCCUUAUCAUCCUGUCACUCUUCUUCUCAGAGACUGUCUUCAGAAUUGUAGUGCUCGGGAUCUGGGACUACAUAGAAAACAAAGUUGAGGUGUUUGAUGGUGCUGUCAUUGUGCUGUCGCUGGCGCCCAUGGUGGCCUCCACGGUGGCCAAUGGGCCCAGCAGCCCCUGGGAUGCCAUUAGCCUCAUCAUCACUCUCCGCAUCUGGAGGGUCAAGAGGAUCAUUGACGCAUACGUGCUACAAGUCAAAGUUGAGAUGGAGCUGGAUAUUCAGCAGUGUGAGAAGACCAAGGCUGUGAGAGAGGAGCAGCUGGAGCGUCUCACUCAGAUCUGCCAGGAACAGGCUUUUGAGAUCAGGCAGCUGAGGGCUCAUCUGGCGCAGCAGGACCUGGACAUUGCAGCAGAGCGUGAAGCGGCCAUGCAAAUCCACCACGUCUGGGGAAAACAAGGCAGAAGUUUCAAGGUUGUAGAAGGCUUGACUCCUGGGGAGUCUGAUGAUGAAGGUGGCCAGAGAAACCCCAGGGAGCCCAGUACAACUGCAGAUCCUGUUGGGCACGAUGACAUGAACAACUACAUCAGCCAAUACUACAGUGAAGCAAGCAGUGAUCCUGGGGGUCCUGGCUUAGGCACUCGGGUCAUCACCAUGGCAGCCAUUGAUGUUCACCUCCCCACCAGUGUGAAUCCUAUCCAGUCAAACCCAGUGCUCGCUGCUGUGGAGCGGGUGGGCAGUGCUGUAAGUGAAUCCUCCAGCAGCAUGCUACAGUCCAGUGGCAGCAUGACGGCCCGGCCCCACAGCCUGAGUAGCCACACCCUGGCGUCAUCUGUGACAGACUGCAGCAGCAGCAGCACAGCUCAGGACCUCAGUCUGAGUUACAGCUCUCAUCGCUGCUGCCCUCCUCCAUUCUCAGGCCAAGACCCCAGGGACCCCAGCGUGGUUGUUCAGGAACUGCUCUCCUCCCUCUCUGAGGACUCGUGUCUGGCCCAGAAGGGCCUGGCAGUCGACCCUGUCAACCUAAAGCUUCCCAGCCCCACAGGCUCAGAAAAGGCCAGCCCCGAGCUGGACAACAGAAUAAACAUCUUCAAUCGCAGGAACCAAGAGGAGAGGCGUGGCCAAGGAAGAGGUUGUGUGCUGUUGCAGACCAAACCACUGAUCCAUCUGCAGAGCAGCAGCACGGAGCCGUCGCUGGAGGAGAAGUACCGGCUCCUGGGACCAGCUGACACACCUCUGGGACACAUGUCUAAUACAUAAACUACACUUACACAGAAACAGGGAGCUUUUUUUUUUCUCUUUUAACUGCCACCACGUUUGGCAAACAUCUGAACUCUUGUGGCAGGUUAAACCUUACUAGAGGGACCACAUAGGGUAUAAAAUGUUUCUCUUGUUGUGUAAAGCCAAUAUUUGCCAAUCCAGAGCAUUCUUAAGCCUGUGCUUCGAGCUGACACUGAUGCUCCUUAACUUGACAUGUGCAGAACACUAUAGAUAGACCGAUAUGAUGACCUCUGACCUCCCCAGUUCCCCCGUGAUUUCAAUUUAGAAAUGCCCUGAAAUAGCACAACAAAAACACACAAUUACCUUCCUGUAACAUGGGAGUCUAAUGUGUUCUUGGACACAUUUUCAUCAGGAAUUCUCUCUUUGAAUAGGUCCUAAAUGCACUGAACUGAACAUUAAUUAAAACCAGCACUGGGCCAUUUUAGCCUACACGGAAUAAAACCUACAUGCUGAACAAACAAGACGCCACUCUCUGCAGUUACAAGCAGUGUUGUAAUGGUAUUUUUCUUGUUAUUCUGUUUCUUUUCAUUUGUAUUAUCAACUGUUAACACUAAUCAUAGAGUCUGUGUUCAAAGAGCCACAGGGUACAUAAGACUGGCUUGACAGCGGUUUUCAAAUCGCCCGUUUUCUUUCCUUUUUUUAACCUCUGGCUUUCUGUUGCCUAUUUGUUUGGAACCAUGAAAAUUCAAAGUGUAUUGUUUUUUGUUUUCUUUUUAAUGGGUGAAUUUGUAUGAUGAAAAGAAAAGUUAAAUGUCUGGAUUCUUCAAAUAACACUAGACUGGAGUGCUUGUAGCAUGAACCUUUAAAAGACGUGCCCUUCACGGCAAGCAAAUUCUUUGCACUUUAAUGUUUACAAACACUUUUGCAAACUUAAUCUGGAGGAAGUCAUUGCCAAUCGCAGGUGUUGUCAUUUGAAUGAAAUUAGCAAAAAUAAAAGUUAGUAUUUCU